AUGAAUCCACAAGAAGACGUACUAAACAAGCCGUGGAGACCUAUUGCGUGUGGCCUAAUUUCCCUCGGAAGUGCUCGUGUCUUACGAUGGCCAGUUCUGGCUUUAUGUCUUGCAUAUUCGUAUAUCCUCGGGGUUUUCUGGUUCAGCAUAGCCCUUGUUCUUGCAUUCUUCUUCAACAACGACCUGGGAUUCGACUCCCAUUGGCUAGGCAGAGGUGUCUGGGUUGCAUACGGAUACGCGAUGUUUGAUUUAGGCGCUGCAAGGGUGGCAUGCUCAUCUUACCGGUGUUUGCCUCAAGAAAGACUUGUCGGGGCUUCUGUUGCCAUUUUUGCUAUAGUUUUUUCGACAAUUCACGCUCAAGAUUUCCGGGAUGUUGAAGGGGACACGACUAGCGGAAGACGUACCAUUCCUAUAAUAUGGCCCGAAGGCAGCCGUCACUAUGAGUUUUGGUCCAUUUUUUUAUGGUCUGUAAUAAUCUGUGGAUUCUUGGAGGUGGGUAAACCGGUCGGCUGGCCUUUUGUUUGUCUUGGGAUGCUUGUCGGAGCGCACCUACUACUUCUAAGAACUACAGAAGAUGAUAGGCGGUCUUAUAUCCUAUAUAAUGUGAGUUUUUUAACACUGACCAAGUCUCAAGACUAA